AGUCCUGCCCCUCUCAGAGGGUCCCAGCCUGUUUGCCUACAAUAAUUAUACAAAUCUCCUAGGGGGAAACUGCUCUGCACUAAUGAGGUUCUGUCUCCUCUGGCUCUCCCUCAUGAGGAACUUUUCACUAUGCAGAGUACUUUUCUUCAUUAAAACAGCCAUGUUAAAUAGCUGUGAGGUUCCUCAACGCCUACUUUAUGAACUGAUCUACCCCACAGCUGGCGUCUUUUUCGAGCAAGACACACAAGGUUACCAAACCCAUUCAUUUCUCACACGCACCCACGUUUCCAAGGGCAGUGGAGAUCCAGCUCUCAAGCCAUCGGGAUGAAGAGCGCUGUGUGAAGACGUUGUAAUUACUACAGGACUCAGGGGUGUGUGGAAAUGAUUCACCCAGACGUUUCCCAGCCAGCAGGCUCCUGCAGCCAGGUGAGCUCUUCCCUGGAAUGCGAGGCACGCAGCGCGGCAACCGGGAGGAACAGGUUUGGCAGGAGGUUUUAAGCGAUUCGCGGCAGACGGCCUCUUCAGAGCCACAUCCCUGCCUACCCACCUCGCGGCUGGAUGUUCACACUGGCCCUGGUGAGCUGGACAGGAUGGACACGCUGCGGAGGAGCCUUUCUCGUUGGAAGAGGUACCACAUCAAGGUCCACCUGGCUGAUGAGGACCUGAUGAUGCCCCUCACGGUCAAGCCCAGAGACACGGUGAUGGACCUACGGGCUCUCUUAGUCCGGGAGGGCGUCACGUCCUGGAAGAAGUCGUUUUAUUACAACUCCAGGCAGCUCGAGGAGCAUGAGACCCUCAAAGAAGCCAAUAUCCAGAAUGGCUCUGUCCUGCUUCUCGUCAGCAAUACAAGCGCUGGGUCUCUCCCUGAAGUCGUGUCCUCCUCGGGUUCCUGGACAUGAAGCAUUAUUGGGCUGUGACAACCUCAGCCACCUCCAAAGCAUUUUGUGUCAGCUGGGUGACGGUGUGUAGGCUUGGAGAACACGAGGAGAGCAGCCCGUUGGGAAUAUCUACAAGAGAGGAAUAGGGAACACGGUACUGGGUCUGGCCAGCAGCCCUGAGGAUUUCAGAGCUGGUUUUAGUACUCCAGCACCCGGGUGAAGGAUGGACCCUCUCCAUCGAAGAUAAUGCCAAAGAGCGCAGCCGGAGCCAUGGGAGACGGGGAGCGUGCCGAGGGCUGAAGGGAGGCAGAUGGAGAGCUUGGCCGUGGAGAAGCAGCCACCAGCGCUCGCGCGCCAAAGGAGAAGCGUGGGUGAGGCCUCGGCUCCGGAGGGCAGUGAAUCCAAGGGAAAUGUCCGUGAAAAGGUGAUUUCUGCCUGGUGAUGGAGCGAGAAGGAGCCGAGCUGGACGUCGCUCAGGGCUCUAGAUGGGGACAUGGGACAUGUGAGACGCCUCCUGACUCACAGGAUCCCCCAGUAAGUCACUGAUCUUGCCCUAUCCUGUGUUUAAGUCUGAGAUAAGUUGUUCUUCCCUUUCUCCCGCUCUUUGUCCAUCCAGCUGGGACUGUGUGGGCUCCUGAGCAGUUCCCUGAUGUUGAGGCUGAAGUCUCUGUACAGCAAAUAAGCUGUAAGUGCCCUAUAGACACCCUGGAGCUUGACAGCCUUUAUACACCCAAAAGAGAGAAACCGUUCGGUCACUGUCGCCGCAACUAUCUCACCUGACAUGAGGGACCCACUGAUACACCAAAACUGCUUCAUUUUUGAGCCAGGGUUUAUCAGGCAACGAGCAUCCUUGUGUUGUUAUUCCAUCUGUGCCUCAGUCCCCCACUCCAAUAACUCCUGAUUCACCCCAGUUUGAUGGGAAGAGAGAGGUCUCACAGACCCACGAUCCUUUCAAUUUUCAUGAAAAAACAGCAGCUGGAUAGAAGAGAGACAUUUGAGUUAAUAUCCUACUGAAGGAAAGGUAAUUACACCUCUUGCUCCCUAUCUAUUUGGAGCUGGCAUUUAGAUACCGGCUGGCAAUCCAGCCCUGCCAGGCUCAGACCAGCGGCAGCACUUGCGGCCCCUCGUCUGCAAAGUGAGAAACUGCUGAAGAGCUGACGAGUUUAUUAGGGAUCCGGGGGGAUAAUUAAUGGUGCCCUGGGGUGUUACAGUGAGCUGGGAGCACCAGGAAAGGAAGAAAUCAAGAGGAUCAGAACGGGUUUCACCAGUUCCUCUGCUCGCGGAACAACUCGAUUUUUAGGUUUAAACUUAUUUUCAGGACCAAAUGGAUGUUUCUUUAAGCACUUUCCCUAGAAAAUUUCAAUGACUGGCAACUGUCUUGCCAAACCCUCCCAACCUGCAUUUUCUGGUUUCCAACUGAAAAACAUGCCUUUCUGGAGGGUUUUUUUGGCAAUGAGAAAACAUUUCAAUUCUUUUUUUCAACAAAAACCAAUUUGACGAAAUGCCACGGAAAAAGAAGUUGCUCGAUUUUUUCCUUUCUUAGGAACAAAACCAUUUCCCCAAGUGCUUCCUUGGACUUUGCACAGGGAGAUACUGUAAGACAAAGACGUUAAUGUAGUCACAGCUGAAGAUCUUUCAGUCCACGCACCUCUGCGUGUCUGUCUGUCCUAAAAUAAUGAGCUUUUUGGGGCAGAGCCAGUACUUGUCCUGAAUGCUUGGAAAGUGCCUCACACAGCCCUAAAUAACAAUGUAAAUGAUGAUAAUAAUAUUAAAGUGGAGGCGUGCCACACUCAGCACCAGGGUCCUAAAUCCACGUCCUGCUUCUAGUAGAAGGUUCGGCUUGCCCCACAAAGCCUGAGAGACCAGUUCCAGACCUGAUAAUCACAGACUCGCUCUGCAAAAAGCGAACUGACCUGAGUUGAAUGAGGUCCGGUAUCUACUCUUAACACCUCGUGCCGGUAGCUGGCAGCUCUGGGCAGCUCGGGAAGGCUUUUUGCAGCUCAGGGGAUAUCUGCAAAGAGUAAAUGAAGCGUGGUGGCGUGGGGAGCUGCCUGGACUAAUGUUUCUUUCAGAGAUAGGCUCUGAUUGACACUUCAAAUCUGCCUGACAAUCUUCUAUUCUAAGUGCAGUGGCUGCGUUUCUUCAGAGCAGGAAGAGCUGGUUUGGUUGCCGUCCUUCAAAUGAUGGAUCUUUUCGCAUGGGAAAAAGGAGAAGAAAAAACAACAAAACCCAACAAACCACCUGGAAACGGCUACAGGUGUGGCCAAGACUAAGGACCAAAGCUGAAGGGUGUGCAAGCUCCCAUCAGCGUGUCAGCCUGGGCGCAUCACGAGGUGGAGACGUUUUCAGCUUGGAUGGGAUUUCUUCCUGUCAGGAGUGUUUAUCUUUGGGAUCCUGCUAUUGACGGGGCAGCGCAGACGGGAUUACCAAAGCACCGCUGUUCGCUGCUGCGUUCAGCUCCACCUGGGAGCCGCGGCAACUGCUCUUCCCGAGCGGCAGGAGCAGAACACAAGCCCAGGCAGCUCAUCUCUGCAGGGGCAGCUCAGGCCGAGACAUGUUUCAGCCACUGUGCUUCUCCUGUACCCAAGUCGUGGAUGCAUCGAGCGCUUCAGUUUUCAGGCCCAUCAGCCUGGCAGCUUUCCUCAGCAUUAAAUUUACUUUUUAAACUUCCAUCAGUGUUGUACCCAGGGGGAGCGCAGGAACAGAUGCAGCCUGUGAAGUCUGGCUUUAAUUCACCUGCCUCAUUUAAUUUGCUGCCCUGCCUUCUAAUCAAUGACUCUGCACUAGGGGUCCUGGGAAUACAGAUAUUUUUUUCCGUAUAUAGGAGAAUUCAAUGCAGAGGCUGCGCUCUCAGGGUCUCCAGCAGGUUGUGUCACGUCUCCUUUGAGGCUGCUUCAUUAUGGAUCUCCCUUCCCCAGCAGCACUUGCAGACGCUCUCCAGUUCGCAGCAGCUGCACCGCAUUUCCUCGCAAGGGCCCGCUGGCCUCCCGACGUGCUCUCCUUCCCGCUGCUCCUGGUUUUCAGCCACAUGGCUUUAUUUUCAGGCCCACAGGCUGCUUUUUGGGACUCCGUGACGCUACCUCAGGUUGUGGAAGCCAAAUGUGCCUCGUUACCUCCCAGGUGCUCCCAGCAGCAUUGCAGGACCAGCGGUGCUUUGCAGCGGGUCCUUUCUCCCGGCCAGGCCAUCAUGCCUCCCUCUGUCCCGUUUUUUGAUGUCACGUUAAUUCCAGGCAGCGCUUCCUUAACGAGCCGGUGUCCAAACCCCAGGAGACACGGUUUUGGCUGGCAGCACCUAUUUUGUGAUGUUGGUGCUUUACCUUGCAUAUUAUAAUCUGUAUCAGAUUGCUCUCUGCCUGCUAAAACGGACAAUUAGGAUCCAGUUGUAAUGCAAAUUGCACGGUGGAAUAAAAACCACGGGGAACAAAAUCACAAAUAAGUAUUUAUGUCAGCCUUUGUUACCACGUAAUGGGUCCCGCUCAGCUACUGAUCGCUGCGAAGCAUCAGCCGGCACAGAACCCGGUGUGCCUUUGUGUUUUAUAGGCACGAGCUGCCGUGCUGCUCUGUCUAAAACUGCCUCGAGGCGCUCGCGGGCCCCGAUAAUGUGUAUGUGUGCAAACUGAACAGACAGAUUGCCGCCUACACUGGAAAUUUGAUGAUUGCCUUGUUUUUCCAAGGCUGUUUUAUACUGCAGGCCAAACCCAUGGGGUAAUUUCCAGUCUCUGUGCACAGGGCUGAGAUGACGUGGGGAGAGAAGCGCGGAGACGCUGGAAUUUCAAUCUGCCACAUAAUGUGCUCCUAAUACCGAUAGUCUUGUAAGUGUGUUGUUGUCAUCGGUGUCACUGUGGUUGUCAUUGUCGUUGUUGUCUUCCCACGUGUGGUGUUAAAUGUUGUAAAUGCAGAUAAAUAUUUAAAUUUGUCAAACAAAUCUAAAUUUCCUGUGGAAUUAAACACACAGGAGUCCUGCAAAUGCAAAUGGAAGAGGUGUGUCUCCAUUUAAAACAACAAACCCUAGCAAAAUAAAGCGAUACGCUGCCAAUACAGCCACUUUUACUGCAUAUCGGCUUUGCAUUUCCCCAAGGCCCUGGGUAGCAGAGAAUUGAGCAAAACUCAUCUUUGAGAGCUGAGGUGGAAUAUCCGCUCUUACAAAGCCAGGCAGGUGUUUGAAGGGUUUGAGCUUGUACCUGUGAAAGCCAGAGCGAGGGCAGCGCCUGUUCCCAUCCCGCUGAAAUGGUGGUUUCUAGAGCCCGGCGAGGAACAGGAGUGAGAGGUGGUGACGCCAGAUGGAUGAGCUGAGUUCAAAGUCCUCCUAGACUCUAUGGCAACAGAGCUGGUAUAGCUACUCAGAAAAGCCUUUGCAACUACCAGAAAUGACUCUAAAUGGCCUUAUUUUCCCGCUAGCAGUGAAAUAAGCAGCUUCAAUGGGGAGGAGUAAAUCCAUUUGAUUGUGCAUGUUGCUGGGAAUAACCCUCUUAUUAGCUAUUAGUAAUAACCCAGUCUAUUGCCAGCAGCGUGGCCACCAAAACAGCCUUAUCCGACAGAGAGCCCUCGUGUUGCUCCUAACGUUUCCAAUUACAGCUGAACGAGGGUUAGCUCACCUGAAGGAAAGAGCGGCUUCUGUACCUUGGGGGUGUGAAACGGCAGCUCCAGUCCAGGAUUUAGAUGAAAAUUGUCCAUCGAAAUCGAUGGCAAAGCACCUGACGACCACAGCAAAGCUGUUCUCACAAGGCAAUGCCCUGGGAAUUCUCACUUGGGAUACACCAGAUUCUGCUCUCCUGGGUGCAAUUAUAAAUCCAGUGUAGCUCCAUUUGAAACUACUGUUUUUGUCCGAUGCAAAUGAGAUUGAGAUCUGGCCCAGGCUGUUUCCAUACACAAUGGAAACCGGCUGAAUGAUGGAAAACAGGAAUCAAAUCUCAUGUAAAUCUAAAUGGAAAUACCGUGCUCGCUGUUACAUCAGAAUAAAUUGGAAGCGAGUCUGCUGAUUCUAAUGGAAUUCAUCUGGAUUUACACCAGACUGUGGCUCGGCAUUUGUCAGUUGGCUGCACAUCGACAUCAAAACACAAACCAUGCUACCUCAUCUGAAUAGCUUUGAACAAUUUCUUCCUUCUCCUUUACAUUUAAGCAAUUGCCUUUGCAUCCUGAUAGCUGAUUAGCCUUUUCAAACAAAUAAACCCCUGCAAACAGACACCAACAAAUGAGCCCUACUCCUGCUAGCAUCUGCAGAAUCUAAAUGAUGAAUAUGAAGCACUGAGCUUGGUUUUGGAGUCACUUAAACUUGCUCCUGUUCCCCUGUGUUCACAACGCAGAGCAGUGGGACUGAGCUCAGGGGAGGACAGACUUGAGCAAAAACUGGGGAUGUAGUUACUCCAGGAAACAUGUUAUUUCCUAAAAAAAGGUUUAUUUCAAAAUGGCAAUCUUAUCUAUUUGGGAUAUAAAUAUCUAGAACAUGUCUUACUGACCCAGUGUUGUCCUUCAGGGUUUAAGCCCAGGCUUUAAGCUCUGGGUACGUCAGCCUAGACCUGUCCAGUUCUGCUUCCUUACGGCUUCCUCGGAAGCUUUUAGUACAGCGAGAGGAUGCUGGAAGAGAAGAGUCUCCUGCUGCUAAGCCUCCACCAGCACUGGGGAGGUGACUUUUUGUAGUUUAAUAGUAAGUUGUCAGUUUUCAAGCCUGUCAGCGCGGUGCUUUCUCCCGCAGCGAGGCGCUCAUUGUAGCAAGGAGUUAUUCCUGGGCUAUAUGAAAGAGAAAAGAGCUUCCUUUCUUCUUUAAAAGGAGAGAAGAAAUAGUCUUCCUGCCAGAACCCCAGGGAUGGUAUUGGGCUAUCAAAUGCUGGGAGAACUCCCUAAAAACGUUAAUUAUGGUAACACGUAAAGCAGCAAAAGCUGCGCUGAGAGCUGACAGGAGGAGGGUGAGAUGCAGGGCCAGUCCAUCCACGACCAGCUGCAAAGAGCGUGAGGAAGGAACACGAGAUAUUGGAAUACUGGGGAUACUGGAAUAUUGGGGAUAUUAGAAGUGUCUGUUCUCUCCUGCUCGCCCCAGCACCUCUUCUCUUUCCUAUUGCUGUUGAUUGGAUUUUGUUUCUAUUUUUUCCACUUUGACCAUAGGUAAAGGAGGGGAAGUGGGUCUACAAAGCAAUUUCCCACGUGCUUCCCAAUCUGUCUGUCUGCUCCAUAGAAAUAGUUGUUUUUCUCAGGGAUAAAGGCUGAAGAUAAUUCCUUUAAGUGGCAAUUAAGCUCCAGGUGGCUGCAGAAAGCUGCAGCUUUCUCCAGCUCCUGUGGAGACGCAGCUUGAGCCACAGGUUUCCCUUCUUCCCUGAACCAGGACAGUUUUUCUGUCUUUGUUUUGUGGCUGGUGGUGAUUACGGCCCCAUUGCUCCGGGGCUGCCCAAAGUGACUGGAGCAGCAGGGAAAAUGAGAAACCGAGGAUGCUCCAUAAACUGGCUGCGUUCUCUUUCCAAAAUGCACUAAUUUCAUAGAGCAUGGAAUAGUUUCAUCGCAAUCCUGAUUUGAACUCCUCGUGUUUCACCUGCAACCUCUGUUUUCCAAGCACUAACUCCAAUUCAAUCUCCUUCCACCCCUGCUGCGCCGGCAAAUGUUGGAAAGAGACUUUUGAUCACGUUGGGUGGAUUAUUGUGGGCUGAUGGAGCAAUACUUGCACUCCCGAGACUCAAAGCGAGCCUCAUCAGCGGACACGUGUGAUCAGUUUGGCUCAUUAGUUAAUGAGGUUAAUGCGGACACCUGUAUGAGCCAGCUGAUGUGCAAGGGGACGUGUCUGGCCACAGCGAUUGCUCAAGAUGACACAGCAAAUCACUGGCAGAGCCGUGAACAAGCAGAGCACAGCACAGGGCUUUAUCUUCAGGCCUUCUCCAGGUCUGGAGUGAUCCCAUUCGCCCUCCGGAGCGAGCGGAUGGAGCUUGAGGAGACGGCUCAAAUACAACCUGGCUUCAGAUCCUCCCCACGCCUCCGUUUGCCAAGGAACGUGCGCCACUAACGCAGAGGGUCUCCCUCUCCCAGACAGGCUUAUCAUCAACGGCAUCAAACAGCAGGACGUUACCAUUUCUACCUGGUUUUAAUGAUGUAUCACCCUGAAUUACACACCAUCCGUGACAGUAAUUUUCUCUGAUUUGGACAGGUGGAUGGAAUUACGGCGCUCUCUGUUUGGUGUGCUAACAGAACCAGAAUUAAUAUUUUGUCUUGCCUGGCUUAUCUUAGCUAGACAGGAGCUAUUAUUUCACCUACUCUGUUUCUCUUCCCCUUCCUUCCAACAACUAAAAUGAUUUGAUUUUGAGCUAUACUUGACGCAGGACUCACCUUAAAUCAGACUCCAAACUCCUUGAGUGGAGUCUGAUCUCAACGCUCUCCAUCUCCCGCAGGUCCCAGCGCAGUCGGUCACGUAACGGGAUGGAUGGAGCAGGGAGAACAUUCCGUGGGUCACCGCAGACACCUGCGCACAAACACACACACACGUGUUUAACUUUAUGGGUGUGCAAGCCAGCGCGGGGCAGAGCCAGACGCCGAUUGCCCCAGCCAGCACGUGCUCCUGGGUCCCUCACAACGUGCUUUUCCUCUGCCCUUUUUCCACCUCGCUCCCGCCCACGCUGAAUUGCUGUCACCACCACUGGUGUUUGCCGCCCCUCGUGGGACACUGUGUGGUGUCAGAUUCCAUUUGGUUUGCAUUGUUUGCCUUUGUUUUUUCCCUUUCCCGUUCCUGCUCAUGGGUGGUUGUUUUUUCUUCAUGUGCGGCAUCAAAAGGUUUUUCCCACCUCUUUUCUUUCCCUUUAUUUUUUCUUGCCUUUUUUUCCCCCUCCUUUCUCCCUAUUUUCCUAAUCCUAAUUAAAAUAUGCUGGGCACAAAACCUGUAAUGAA